AUGGACUCCCCUUCGGUUGGUUGUAAUCACCAGCACCACCACCACCACCACCACCCUCCCCAUCACCCCCAUCACCAGAAGCAUAAUCACCAGCAGCAACAGCAUAAUCAUCACCAGCAACAGCAGCAGCAUAAUCAUCAUCACAAUAAUAGCCAUCAAAAUCACCACCACCAACAGCAACAAGUACAACAGCAGCAGCAUGAAUCGGCCAAGAUUGACCGCCUGGUCGUCAUCGACCCUGACCUGGCGGCAAAUGAGGCCUUCAUGCUCUCGCUCAAGAACUUCAACGUACCCGUUCAGACGCAGUUUGAUGAGGUUGGUAACGUUGAAGAACUACGAGAACUUGACGAAAAGAUCCACGAUGAUCCGCCAUCAACCGCAUCUUCAUCGACUUCAUCAACAGCAACAACAACUCCCACUUCAGACGAUGGUGUCCUCUACAUCAGCGGCCACUUUGAGGGCCCGCUCUUUGAGCGGCUGCUCGCCCAGAAGAAGCCCAUCAUCAGCGACCUGAUCAUCCAGAGCUGCAUUGAGGAGAAGACG